UUUAAUAUAUUAUAUUAAUAACAUUUGCCACUUAUUUCGAAAACAUUGGCACAAUGGCUCACACUUCUUCUCGAACUACUAUCGUAUUCAUUAUUGUUGCUUUGAUUUGUGCGUUCGUUCCUGCAUUCUCUGUUGAAGAAGCUGAAGCAAAAUCACUAUGGGAUACCUGUCUUCUUAAAAUCAGUCCAAAUUGUGCGUUGGAUAUAAUUGGUGUUGUCUUUGAAAAUUUAACCAUCAGUGAUGCAUGUUGUCAUGAUCUUGUACAAGAAGGAAAAAUGUGUCACGAUACUCUUAUCAAAUAUAUUGCUGAGAAGCCGCAUUUAGUUGCCCACGAAACAGAGUAUUUGAAGAAAAGUGAUGAUUUGUGGACUCAUUGUGUCUCAGUUUCGCAAACUGCUUAAAAAUAUGUUAUGCUUGUAUUGAUCUACAAAAUUUUUAUUUAACUAUCGUUAAAUUUUA